CGCUGAAGAAUUGGUAUUUUUGUUCCUGUGUCAAAGACUGCUAGCUGAUGACAGGCUACAGUAAGUUAUCGGACAAAUCAACUUUAUCAGAGACGAAAUUGGCAACUUUUUGGACUCAAAACCUGUACACGGCACAUUUGAUCUGAGGAGAACGUCGGACAACAAUUUCACGAAGAAAAACUCUGGAAAAUAGCCAUAUAUUUAAAUUGCUCAGCAAGCCUACCGUUAGCUUAGCUUGAUUUGAUAGCAAUACUAGCAAUCGGACCGAAAUUGAUUUUGAAUAGUAGGGUUCUGUAAGUAGUUAAGGGUCUUCAUAUAUUGUACAGUUGUGAUUUGUUUCUAAUUUUUAGAUUCGUUAUAGCUGGUCUCAGUCGAGCUUGAUAUUGAUCGCCGGAUCUAUCUAGUCGGUCGGUCGGGUAGAGUUUUUUUUUAAUUUAUUAUUAUUUAUUUAUUUUUUCGUCUGGGACAAAUUUGGGCUAUCUGUGUGCUCCACACAGCUGGAAAUGAAUUCGAAUGUGGAGAACUUGCCUCCCCAAGUGUUGAGACUUGUCUAUAAAGAGGUUUCUGCCCUGGCAGCAGACCCUCCAGAGGGCAUCAAAGUCUACCCCAGCGAAGAGGAUAUCACAGAACUUCACACUGCUAUUGAAGGCCCAGAAGGAACUCCUUAUGCCGGAGGGGUGUUCCGGAUGCGUUUAGUCCUUGGGAAGGAUUUCCCUGCUGCACCGCCCAGAGGCUAUUUCCUGACUAAGAUUUUCCAUCCUAAUGUUGGGCACAAGGGUGAAAUCUGUGUCAAUGUACUGAAGAGAGACUGGAAGGCAGAGUUGGGUCUGAGACAUGUAUUGCUUACCAUCAAGUGCCUUAUGAUCCAUCCUAACCCAGAGUCAGCCCUGAAUGAGGAGGCUGGGAGGUUACUUCUGGAGGACUAUAAGGAGUAUGCAUCCCGUGCUCACCUCCUGACAGAGAUCCACGCUAUGGGAGGCACGUCAGGGGCCCCUCAGGAGCCUGCUGAUGGACCUCAACCCAAGAAACAUGCAGGAGAUCCGAACAAACGUGUAGCAGGGGCUGGUUUGGUAACAGCGGGCGCUGGGACCAACAGCUCGAAUAACAGCAGCACAAGUAGUAACAAUAGUAAUAUAGUUACAAAGAAGAAAACAGAUAAAAAACGAGCUUUGAGGCGGCUAUAAAAGAGUGAAUCAGUGUUUUUGUGUACAUAUAAAUAUUGAGUUGUGCAGACCACCUUUUCCCCUCCUUAAACUGUCUUUCUAUUUUAGGAUAGCCAUUUUGCCAUGAUGCUACCCGAACACUCCUUCGCUUGUUCCUUUGAACUUACUCUCAGGACUUGAACUGUCCAUGUGACAAUUCUCUUUUUCACUCACAAAAGGAGUUUCAUCUGUGUUUUCAAAAUCUUACAAUCGUUCAGAUUAUGAAUACAAUUGUAAAGGUAUUUGGUUAAUAUUAUUUGUGGCCUCUGGGAUUAUGUAAUGACAUUUUGACUAUCAGUGAAUGCUACAGUUUCCUGUACUCCCCUGUUCUGCUGGGGUGUACAGCCAGAACAGGCUUUCUAACAAGUUAUUUUGCACAGAAGUGAUAUUAUAUUUAGAUUUCAGGUGUGACCGUUCACUUACUGUAAUUCUGACCUAUUGCAUUGGACUGAACCAGUUAAAUUACAGAUGAGAGAUGAGGUUUUAUUCAGGGGAUUAUCGAAGAAUAGUACCUUGCCCUGGGUGUGAUUGCUGUGUUUGAGUAAGAGAUGUAAGAUCAGGAAUAACAGAGGGGGUGGUUAAAAUGUGGUCUGAAUAUAACUCGUGAAAUAUCACUUGUCUUUUUUUUUUUUUUUACUCUUGCAUUAUUUUUUUGUGAGUGCAUAUUUGUAUGGUAUUAUUCUGUCCAGUUUUUACAAAAUUUUGUUGGUUCAUUUCUUUUUCAUUGUCCACUUUGCAAAAGGCCUUGUUCUCCAUUUCAAGUGAACAGCUACAUUUACCAGACACUUUGGUGCAUGAGUUGAAGCCAUUAGACCAGUUGGGGUAGAGCAAGGGGGCAACCAACUAGUUAAUCAUGCUGUUCCGUUUCAGACAUAUAGAGGUCACAUGAUGUUUGUCCAUUUUGAAAUUUGUUUCAGAACAAUUUUUAGUAUUGAUGUUCUACUUGUCAAAAAGAAUGUUUACCUUCCCUUUUUAUAUGAUCACAGCUGCGCUUUUCUCUAGCCCUGCUGGUCUCUCAAUCAAAAGUCUGUUAAGGAAUCUUCUCCGAUAGACUUCAGUUCUGGCCGUCAGUUCUCCAACAAAUUGCUCUGAACGUUGGGCACGAUGUGCCUUCAGCGACUGUUUGCCCAUACUUAAAAGCUUGUGGAUGAACAGUAGGGCAUUUUUGUGGCCAUUUUAAGUUAUUUAAAUUAAAUAAAGGAAUUUUAGGGAGAUAUUUUCUUUUUUUUAUUAUUAUUAUUAUUGUGUUAAAGAAAAAUCUGUUUUAUUCUGUCCCUGUGUUUGCAUGCAUCUUGCUUUAAGUUCAUCUGGAAUUUAAAAUACAUGCAUGUUUAUAAAUGCAGGAAUUAACAUUUUUAUUUGCUAGAAAGAAAAUAAUGAAUGUUGAGAUUAACUGUAGGCAAUAUGAUCUGUUGUCUUAUUAGGUGCAUUCUUGUCCACCCAGUGGUUUUGUUGUCAUCUUGCUGUGCAUGCCACAAUCAGGAUCCACAGCAAUAUUUUCUGUUUAAACAUUGUAUGAGAAUGAGACACAUUCAGUGUAUGUUACCCCUUAAAAAUGUUUCACUCAAACUCAAAA